GCGGCUUGAAAUCACAUUGGUCUCUCCCUUUCGCAGGUUUCAUUUCUCAUCUUCAGUCACAGAUGGUCUAAGUAGUCCAUCUUCUUGCUGUAUUGGUCCUUGUUGCUAGCCUUAUCUGCGUUUUCCAAAAGGAAUAUUUUGGGGGCAGAAAGACUAAGAAGAAAGGCGAGGAGGAAGAGGGAUCUAGGGUUUCUUGGCUUGCCAUAGCCUGUUUCUCCUCAGAAGAAUCGAUUGUCUUUCAUCUGUUUGCUGAAGGUUGGCUUUCGCAUGUUGGCCACGGAGAGAAGAUGGAUGUAAUCAAGUUCGAAAGGCGUCACAAGAAGAAGAAAGUCGAUGGUUCCACGCAGCCGGCUUUUACUCCGAAGCAGCUAGAUUUCCCAUGGUUCAAGAAGACCUACCGGAGGAGGAAGAAGGAGCAUGGUGGUGGCGAUAGCCGGAAGGGCACCGGCGGCAGUGACGGACUCCAUUUGCUUGCGAAGGCUGCUGCUGAUGAAUCCUUCGGCGGCCCGAAAGCAAGGUCCUCCUCCCUUUCGGCGGGACAAGUGGGUAACCUCUCUGGUAAGGGUGUGCCUACGCCGGCUGUUCUUCCUGGAGAUAGAGUGGUUGGUUUUCCUCAAGCAGACCCAGCGAAGUCGCCGCGGGUGUUGAACUUGCAUGACUCUGUUAAUGGGAAACUCAUGGAGAAAUUGAAGCAAUACCUCGGCGAGCACGACGUUGAGCUCGGCCAUGGCUGGAAAGUACGUCAUAAAACAUGUGGCGGCCAUGAGACUCAUUCCUACCUUUCUCCCAUGGGCAAGAGAUUCACUUCCAUGUCUUCAGUCCUCGACCAUCUGAGGGAAUGGAAUGAUGGUCGUCAAUCUACGGGUUCGGGAAGUGAUUUGGCUAAAAUGAAGGAACUAAAUCAGUUUAGUAUUUCUGCGUGCCCACAUCCUAACCCUCUUGUUGCUAAAAGGGUGAAUCCUCCAGCCUCUGCGAAAAGGCUAGAUGAUGAUAAUGGGGACAACAAAAAGCACCAUGUUCAUCAUCAGGAAGCCAAUGCUGAAAACAUUGUCUUGCGAGAAAGGAAUGGUUUCUUGGAACCUGGAAAAUGGGUCAACCAGUUGCUAGAUGGAUCACACCAGCUAUUACACCAAGAGCAGAGCGAUACUUGUGGAUCACUCAAAGCAUAUACUUUUGGAGAGCAUGUAAUGGAAGAUGAUGCUGAUAAAUUUCUCAUUUGUCAUGGAUGUAAGGCAGCUUAUCAUUUGCACUGUCUGCCGUCCAAGGUCAAAGAUAUGCCGUCUGGAAAUUGGUACUGCACAUCCUGCACUGCAGCCGUGAAGGAAUCCACAGAGCCUAAGCCAGCCGAUGUUCAAAGUGGUGAUGAGUGUGCAUGCAACCAUGACCCGUGUCCACCAUGCGAGAGACUUGAUCAUCUUGUACCACCCAGAACGCAUGGGCAGGGAGAGCAUCAUUGUGUGGUCUGCAGGAAGCUUUGCAAGCUGAGACGCCCAAAGCACAAACAGAUCAAGCACCAUUGCUUUGUUUGUAAGCGGCUGUAUAAGCUUAUCCUUGCGAAGCACAUGCAUAUGCAAGCCAAGAGAAAGAGGAGUGAAGCUGCUGCAACAAUGCCUAAGACGAAUGCCGAGGACUUGGAUUGCCAUGAAGAUGGGCAAAAGUCGGGAGUGUGCAAGGUUUGUGGAACUGGCAAGGAAGGUGACGAAGGGAUUGCUACAUGCAGUAAUACAUAUUGUGAGUCAAUGCACUACCACAUAAGUUGUCUCAAGCCACCACUUAAGGAGGUGCCCCCUCCUGGGUGGUACUGUCAUUCUUGCCUCUGUAGGGCAUGCCUUAUUGAUGAGAACGAUGACCGAAUUGUCAUUUGCGAUGGCUGCGACGAUGGAUAUCACACUUACUGCAUGAACCCUUCACUGCUCAGGAUUCCAAGGGGGAAGUGGUACUGCAGAUCCUGUCAACAGAAAAAAGCCCACCCCAAGAUUCAACCACUGCCAGGAUCCUGAGCCUAGGAGUCCUUCCAAAGGAUACCAGAAAAGAUGCAGCCGAGGACCCGACAACAAGUGCAAAGGAAUAUCGGAGAGUCCGCCAUCCUAAAUUCCGACCGUAGCAAAGCCUAAGAGAUAACAAACGUGGGUAGAGCAUAAGUGAAGUGAGUGUACAAGAGAUUUUUCUCCCUAGCACGCUUAAAAUUUUCUAAUA